AUGCCUGGGUUUCGAUCUCUUGUCCUUCUACCCACCUUGUUGAGCGCCUCACUCGCUCAUUUAGUCGUUGAUGUCGCCCCAGAAACACCUCAGCCCUAUGUCUUACCAAACCUCAAAGGCGCUGCUGUCGAUUUUGGCGGUCUAAUUCUCCGAACACUUGUUGCCAACUCAACCUCUUUCGGCGGCUUCUCACUGUUGAGUGUCAAUUCAGGUCCUGGUCCACUCAAUCUCAUCCAUUCUCACAAAGAAGUGGAAGCUUUUUACACUCUCAAAGGCGGAGUCCAAGUCUUUCACAAUGCCGACCAAGGCCGUCAGAUCUAUGCAAACGACUUUGUGUUUCUGGCACCUGGCAACAAUCAUACUUAUCGCCCCAAUGAGCUGGACUUCCAGCUGACACUUGCAAUGGCUCCAGGUGGUAUUGAUGAUUUCUUUGCGGUUGCAGGAGAUCCUUACAUGUCUACUGCCCCUUUCAACCCAGACGACCAUUCGCAGCUCAAUGCCACCAAGGUACUUGGCUUGAUGCCCAAAUACAACAUUUCCCCCGCCCCAGCCAACAAAAUUAAUCUGGAAUGGGUCAAUGGCACUACCGAAGACGGCCUGGACACUUGGCAUCGUGCUGAUCAGGCUUUACCUUCCGACCCAUCAAAGCCAUAUUUCAUCUCCAGCAAUCGGGGCCCCAAAUACCUCGUUCGCGAAGAAGGCACAGUGGUUGCACAACUCGCAUCUGCUCAACAGACCCGAGAGAAACUCACCGUUGCAACCAUUACUCUCAAACCCAGUGAGGAACCAACCGAUUUUGAGCAGUUCGAAAUGGAUCAAGCAUUUCAAGUCACUGAAGGGCAGCUUACGCUUGAGAUUGAAGAUGAAACUGUACAGCUCAUUUUCGGCGACUUGGUUUUUAUUCCGCAAGGGACAUGCUUCAAAUACUGGUCCACAGUGGGCUUUACCAAGUUCAUCAAUUGGUCUGCUGGGUUCGGUCUUGCGGACAGCCUCAUCGAAGACGCAGAGCCGUGGAAUCAUGCUGUCUGGCCGGCAUGA